GAAUUUUUACGGGCGGGUCUUGAUGUGUUGUACUUUCACCCGCCGCCUCUCUGCCUCUCUGUCACAUCACCUGGAGCUUUUGACGAGUGAUCAUCAUGAAGGCUUUCCUUCUGGUCGCCCUCCUGUCGGCAGCUUCAGCUUUCUACCUGCGUGAACAAGACGAAUUUGACUUCAAAACAUGGAUGGCACAGCACAACAAAGCCUACAGCACACAGGAGUACAAUGAGAGACUCCAGAUUUUCACUGAGAACAAGAGGAGGAUCGACAAACACAAUGCAGGGAAUCACUCUUACACAAUGGGACUCAACCAGUUUUCAGACAUGACGUUCGCUGAAUUCAAGAAGUCUUUCCUCUGGUCCGAGCCACAGAACUGCUCUGCUACCAAGGGGAACUACCUCAGGAGCAACGCACCAAAUCCGGACUCCAUCGACUGGAGAAAGAAGGGCAAUUAUGUGUCGCCUGUGAAGAAUCAGGGAGGUUGUGGCAGCUGCUGGACUUUUUCCACAACCGGCUGUUUGGAGUCUGUCACCGCCAUCAACAAAGGGAAGCUUUUGCUACUGUCAGAACAACAGCUGGUAGACUGUGCCCAGGACUUCAACAACCAUGGAUGUAACGGCGGCCUUCCCAGCCAAGCAUUUGAAUACAUCAUGUACAACAAGGGACUGAUGACAGAGGAAGACUACCCAUACACAGCUUAUGAGGAUACUUGCGUAUAUAAACCAGAGAAGGCAGCCGCCUUUGUGAAGAAUGUGGUGAACAUAACAGCGUACGAUGAGAAGGAGAUGCAGGAUGCGGUCGCCACACGCAAUCCAGUCAGUUUCGCCUUUGAGGUGACCAGCGACUUCAUGAGUUACUCCAAGGGCGUGUACACCAGCACUCACUGCCACAAAACCACAGAUAAGGUGAACCAUGCAGUGUUAGCUGUCGGGUAUGGAGAGGAGAACGGCUCCCCUUACUGGAUAGUGAAGAACUCAUGGGGAACCAGCUGGGGAAUUGACGGCUACUUCCUCAUUGAACGCGGGAAGAACAUGUGUGGACUCGCUGCCUGCUCCUCUUUCCCGGAGGUGUGAUUUCUGCAUGACUGACCACUACAAAAGGGAUGAAAACGGAACAUAAUUCAAACUACUUUUGGGACUUUUUUUUAAAAUUAUUAUACAAGGUGAUUUCUACAAAAUCAGUAUCAUACAGUGCCUUUAUGUCCAGUGAGAUUUUGCACAAUGGAGUAAGCACUUUGACUGGAUAGAUCAUAGUCAUAUCCAGAUAACUCAGUACAUUUGAAAUGAUCAUCAAAACUGCAAUGGUUUGAUUCCUGUACCCACAAAUAAAAUCUAUCAAAUCUG